AUGCAAUCGACCCGGGAAGACGACUUUGUCAAGGGGGACUCAACGCCGACCGCCGCAGCUCUCCAGUCCGCCGCCGGCAGCGCCGGAUCGCCGUCCAAAAUGUGCAGUGAAUGCUACGUGAAUCAUUCAUUCGUGAACGACGAUGGGACCGUGAGCGACCACAAGCCACGCUCCGCUCCGACACCACUACAGACUAACAGCGGGGUUAUCUUAGACAUCUCCACCCUUAACAUGGAGCAGCUGGAGAGUGAAGUGCCCCCACUGCCGCCCCGCUUCCGCUUCAGAGACCUGCUGCUCGGGGACCAGAGCUUCCAGAAUGAUGACAGGGUGCAGGUUGAGUUUUAUGUGAAUGAAAACACCUUCAAGGAGCGUCUGAAGCUUUUCUUCAUCAAAAACCAAAGAUCGAGCCUUAGGAUUCGUGUGUUCAACUUCUCCCUGAAGCUGCUCACCUGUCUGCUGUACAUCAUCAGAGUGGUGACAGACAACCCCGAUCAGGGCGCCGGCACCAGCCACAGCGCAGGACAGCAGAGCGCUCCCAAUGGCAACAGCAAAUGCGCUGACUGUCAGUGGAAUGGAUCAGUGCAGGACAGAGAAAUUAACUGGGAGUUGAUCUUCUGGGUGGAUAGAAAGGUUCCUGUCUGGGCCAUUCAAGUGAUUGUGGCAAUCAUUAGUUUCCUGGAGACCAUGUUACUGAUGUACCUGAGCUACAAGGGGAACAUUUGGGAGCAGAUAUUCCAGGUGUCCUUUCUUCUGGAGAUGAUCAACACAGUUCCCUUCAUCAUUACAAUCUUCUGGCCCUCAAUACGGAACAUCUUCAUUCCCGUGUUUCUCAACUGCUGGCUGGCCAAAUGUGCUUUGGAAAAUAUGAUUAACGAUGUCCACAGGGUGAUCCAGAGGACCAACUCAGCCAUGUUCAACCAGGUCCUCAUUCUCAUCUGCACCUUACUCUGCCUGGUCUUCACUGGGACGUGUGGAAUACAGCACCUGGAGCGAGCAGGCAAGAACCUCUCCCUCUUCAAUUCCUUCUACUUCUGCAUCGUCACCUUCUCCACCGUGGGCUUUGGAGACGUUACUCCUCGCAUAUGGCCCUCCCAGUUGCUGGUGGUCAUCAUGAUCUGUGUGGCUCUGGUGGUGCUGCCUCUGCAGUUUGAGGAGCUGAUCUACCUGUGGAUGGAGAGACAGAAGUCUGGAGGGAAUUACAGCCGCCACAGAGCACAGACAGAGAAACAUGUAGUGCUGUGUGUCAGCGCGCUCAAAAUAGACCUGCUUAUGGAUUUUCUCAAUGAAUUCUAUGCGCAUCCCAGACUGCAGGAUUACUAUGUGGUGAUCCUGUGCCCAAGUGAAAUGGACCUCCAGGUGCGGAGAGUUCUGCAGAUCCCUCUGUGGUCGCAAAGGGUCAUCUAUCUGCAAGGAUCUGUUCUCAAAGACCAGGAUCUGUUGAGAGCCAAAAUGGAUGAUGCAGAGGCUUGUUUCAUUCUAAGCAGUCGUAAUGAGGUAGAUCGCAUGGCUGCGGACCAUCAGACCAUCCUGAGAGCCUGGGCAGUGAAGGACUUUGCUCCAAAUUGCCCCCUUUAUGUCCAGAUACUCAAACCUGAAAAUAAGUUCCAUGUUAAAUUUGCAGAUCAUGUUGUGUGCGAGGAGGAGUUCAAGUAUGCCAUGUUGGCUCUCAACUGUGUCUGUCCAGCCACCUCCACCUUGGUCACGCUCCUUGUACACACCUCCCGGGGACGAGAAGGACAACAGUCUCCAGAGCAGUGGCAGAGGAUGUACGGAUGUUGUUCUGGCAACGAGGUCUACCACAUUCGACUGUGUGACAGCAAGUUCUUUGGAGAGUAUAAUGGCAAAAGCUUCACAUAUGCCUCCUUUCAUGCUCACAAGAAGUAUGGCGUGUGUCUGAUUGGUAUAAAGAGGGAAGACAACAAGAGCAUCCUGCUGAACCCCGGCCCACGCCACAUCAUGGCUGCCACGGACACCUGCUACUACAUCAACAUCACCAAGGAGGAGAACUCGGCCUUCAUCUUUAACCAGGAGGAGAGGAAGGGCCGCCCUGCCGGGGGAAUCUACGAUGGACCCUCACAGCUUCCUGUGCACAGCAUCAUUGCUAGCAUGGGCACCGUGGCCAUGGAUCUUCAGAAUACGAGUCCACCUGAUUACUCAGGUGGUAAACUGGUCCCACCGACAGUAAACGGGACGGGGAGCCGCCGGCCCAGCAUUGCACCAGUUCAGGAGCUCGCCGACUCCGCCUCAAUCCUGCCAUGUGACCUCCUCAGUGACCAAUCAGAAGAUGACUCCGUCUUCACAGAUGAGAAAGACCACUCAUCUACUGAGUAUGUGAAGGGUUAUCCCCCUAACUCUCCAUACAUUGGGAGCUCGCCCACCUUGUGCCAUCUGUUGGCUGAGAAAGCACCGUUUUGCUGCCUACGACUGGACCAGGGAUGCAGGCACAACAGUUUUGAGGAUGCUAAGGCUUAUGGUUUUAAAAACAAGCUCGUCAUUGUGUCUGCUGAGACGGCAGGGAAUGGUCUCUAUAACUUCAUUGUGCCUCUCAGAGCUUAUUACAGACCCAGGAAAGAACUCAACCCCAUUGUUUUGCUGCUGGAUAACCCGCCAGAUAAUCACUUUCUGGAGGCCAUCUGCUGUUUCCCAAUGGUCUACUACAUGGCUGGGACCAUAGACAAUCUAGACAGCCUGCUGCAGUGUGGCAUUAUCUACGCCGAUAAUUUGGUUGUCGUGGAUAAAGAGAGUACAAUGAGUGCCGAGGAGGACUACAUGGCUGAUGCAAAAACUAUUGUCAAUGUACAGACGAUGUUCAGGUUGUUUCCCAGUCUCAGCAUCAUCACAGAGCUUACUCAUCCAUCCAACAUGAGAUUCAUGCAGUUCAGGGCAAAGGACUGCUAUUCACUGGCUCUCUCCAAGCUGGAGAAGAAAGAGCGCGAUAAAGGCUCCAACUUGGCCUUCAUGUUCCGCCUACCCUUCGCUGCAGGCAGAGUGUUCAGUAUCAGCAUGCUGGACACCCUGCUCUAUCAGUCUUUUGUCAAGGAUUACAUGAUCCUUAUUGCAAGGCUGCUACUGGGGCUGGACACCACUCCAGGAUCAGGAUACCUCUGUGCUAUGAAAGUAACCGAGGAAGAUCUAUGGAUUAGCACUUACGGCAGACUGUUCCAGAAACUCUGCUCCUCUAGUGCCGAAAUUCCCAUUGGGAUCUAUCGGACAGAAUCCCACAUUUUCUCUACUUCUGAGUCUCAGGUGUCAGUCAGUGUCGACGACUGCGAGGACACCAAGGACAGGGGGGACGAGUCUCGCAGCAAUGACCAAUCAGAUUACCCCCUGCUGAGGAAGAAGAGCAUGCAGUGGGCACGGCGGCUCAGUAAGAAAAGCACGAGGUGGCAGGCGAACCGGGACUCGAGCAAGGACCACGGCCAGCGCAUCGCCCAGCAGCGCCUCAACCUCUACCGGCGCUCUGAGCGGGAGGAGCUGUCUGAACUGGUCCGCAACCGCAUGAGGCAUCUGGGCCUCCCCACCUCAGGAUAUGAGGACCUAACUAAUCUGACAGCCAGUGACGUCAUGAACAGAGUCAAUCUGGGCUACUUACAAGAUGAACAGAAUGAUCACCAAAACACCCUGUCGUAUGUCCUGAUUAACCCCUCUCCUGACACCAGGCUGGAGCUCAAUGACAUUGUGUACCUGAUUCGUUCGGACCCUCUGGCUCACGUCCCCGAGGAACCUCCUGUCCAGAGCAGCAGCCUGAAAGAGAGACACGAGUCCGGCUUAGACACCAGGGAGGACACCCAUCUCUGAUUGCAUGCUGACCUCCACCGGUACACUCCUUUCUAAUCCAGGGGGUGUGGUUGUGUCCACACAGGUCCAGUCUGACAGAGGACAAUUUCUUCUAUAAUGUUCCAGCACUGCAGUCUACCACUGUAUUAUAUGAGUGCCUACUGUUUGGCAGACGACGACUGACGUCAUCUGUGACAUUUUCAUCCUCUUGCCACAAACACUGUAUGUAAGAGUAGUGUAUUCAUUUCCGUGAUAGCGCUCUCCGAUGAGCAGUCAGGGACACGCUUGUGAACAAAUGGCACAAUUAAUUUAAGGGGUUUCAGUCAGGUUCAUCCCGCCCUCAGUGUUGCCCUUGGUUAGAGUUAAUCUGAUUCGCCAAACGCAAGAAUUAAGAUCACAGGACAACCCUCAUGGGUUUCACUGUCAUUUAAACCUCCUGAAUUUCGCAGUGUACGUUUUGUUUCUGCCCUUUUGGGUUGUUGGGCCCCUCAGGAAAAAACACAAGUUUAACAUCAAGAUCAGAGAUUUUAUACCUGGGAUUUAUCCAUCUUUUCUUGACUUUUUCAGAUUAUCAGAGGUCAGAUGCGCAUAUUCCAAAUUUCCCUGGGCCAUACUCUUACCUAUUUACCAUCAAUCAUAUAAAAUCAAACAUAACAUUCAACACAAUGUGACUUAAAAGCUUUAAAUGCACAUAUUUAUUUAAAGCUUAUCUUUGUAGCUGAACCCUAGAGGUAGUUAUUAAGUCGUCUAGUGGUCUACAAACAAGGGUGUUUACUUAUAUGUUCGCUGCAGUACAUUUUAGGUUGGAUGAGGUUUUUGCACUACAAGAGCUUAGUUCGACCCUAAAUAUUCCAUGCCACAUAUUCAGUAUUGUGCCAUUAAGGAUUUAUUUAAUUUGUACUAUAUUAGUAAUCAAAACCUCAUUUUACUUUCACCACUGCUCGGUGAUUUGUGGCUGUUUGGGUGAAGUAUGUAUUUCUAAAAUGCUACAUCCUAUACACAAGAAUUCUUGUCUUUGACUUCAUGCAUAUUUAAAUGUUGAAAAUAUUUGAACUUGACUUUCAUUUUAUUUAAAUUUGCACAUUAAAGUGCUAUAUUAUGAAAAAAGCAUAUUAAAACUGUUGUGAGUUGUCUAACGGUUUAGCGUUAGCAGUGCUAUAUGUCUUUAACUCAGGAAUGGCAAUAUAAAGAAAUAGUUUGACAUUUUGGUAAUUUGCUGAGAUUUAGAUAAAAAGAUCUAUAUCACUCUUGUAUCUGUAACAUAAAUAUGAAGCUACAGCCAGGAAAGGGUUAUCUUAGCUUAGCAUUAAGACUGGAAAGGGGGAAAUGGCUAGCCUGACUCUGUCCAAAGGUCAAAAAUCCUCCUACCAGCUCCAUUUAAGCUCAUUAAUGGACAGGUUAUAUCUCCUUUUUUUUAAAUUUUC